AUGGACAGGGAGAUGUUCAUGGAUGACACUAAUAGCUGGGUAGCGCCCCUUCCAUUUCGUUUUCCUAGACAACGCCUUCCAAACAACAGAGAGCAAGCUCUGAGUCGUUUCAACUCUCUCCGUCGCACACUACACAAGAAACCAGAGAUGAGAGAGGACUUUCUAGAGUUUAUGAAGAGGAUUUUUGAUAACAAUCAUGCUGAGCUAGCACCUUCUGUAAACCCAGGGGAGGAGUGCUGGUACUUACCCUCUUUUGCUGUGUAUCACCCACGCAAGCCUGGUCAAAUUCGCGUAGUGUUUGACUCCAGUGCGCAGUUCCAUGGCGUAUCAUUGAACGAUGUGCUGCUAACAGGCCCAGAUCUCAACAACAGCCUACUGGGAGUCCUGUUGCGAUUCAGGCAUGAGCCAAUAGCCAUCACUGCAGACAUCGAACAAAUGUUCCACAGUUUCGUUGUCAGAGAGGAUCAUAGGAAUUUCCUCCGCUUUCUGUGGUUCAAGAACAAUGAUAUGUCUGAAAGCAUGGAAGAAUAUCGCAUGAAAGUUCAUGUCUUUGGCAAUAGCCCUUCCCCAGCUGUUGCCAUUUAUGGUCUUAGACGUGCUGCCUUGCACGGUGAAAUGGAGUUUGGUACAGACGUGAGACAUUUUAUCGAAAGAGACUUUUACGUUGACGAUGGACUUAAGUCACUUUCUUCCAUCAGCGAAGCAAUCAGUUUGCUUAAGGCCACCAAAGAUAUGCUCGCUAUCUCUAACCUAAGACUCCACAAAAUAGUAUCCAACAGCCUUGCGGUGAUGCACGCAUUCCCUCCAGCCGACUAUGCUAAAGACUUGAAACAUCUGAAUCUAGACACUGAUUCACCCCCUUUGCAGCGCAGUCUUGGCUUAAGUUGGGAUCUCCAGAGUGAUACGUUCACAUUCCAUGUCAACCUCAGUGACAAGCCAUUCACACGCAGAGGAGUCCUGGCGACUGUGAAUAGCUUGUUUGACCCUCUCGGCAUGGUUGCGCCAAUCACCAUUCAAGGAAAACUGCUACUCCGUGAUCUUUCAAACAUGAAGUCAGACUGGGAUGCUCCUCUUGCAGCUGAAAGGGAAUCAGAAUGGAACCUCUGGAAAGGCUCAUUACAAGACUUAGAGCAGCUCAAAAUUCCUAGAACUUAUACUCCAUCGUCCAUUUCUCACUCUGUGAAAAAGGAGAUUCACGUGUUCUCAGAUGCAUCUGUUAAGACCAUAUCUGCUGUCGCAUACUUGAAAGUAACAGAUCAUGAUGGAAUGUCCCAUGUCGGGUUUGUCAUGGGAAAGGCUAAGCUAGCCCCCCAAACAGUACUUACAGUUCCCAGACUCGAACUGUGUGCGGCCGUCCUUGCAGUCGAAAUAGCAGAAAAAAUUAUCCAAGAACUAGGCAUCAAACCUGACACCCUGCUGUUCUACACUGACAGUAAAGUCGUUCUGGGGUACAUCUGCAAUGAGACCCGACGAUUUUAUGUGUACGUCAGCAACAGAGUGCAAAGAAUCAGAAAAUUUACCCACCCAGAGCAGUGGCGGUACGUUCCUACCUCACAAAACCCUGCCGAUGUUGCUACUAGACCUGUACUUGCAUGUCGUCUAACUGAAACAAACUGGUUCACUGGUCCACCAUUUUUGCAACAUUCAGCAUCUACUCCUGUGAAAGAGGCUCCCUAUAGUCUCAUUGAUCCAGAAACAGAUACGGAGGUGCGAACGCAUGCCACAACCUGUUUAAACUCUAAUCCUGGUCUCGGUUCAGACCGCUUCAAAAGAUUUUCUUCUUGGAAGUCUUUAAGAAGAGCCAUAGCUUCAAUUGUUCACAUUGCUCUGUCGUUCAAAGACAAUGGAAAGACAUGCCGCGGCUGGCACCAUUGUGAGAGUUCAUGCACACCCGAGUUACUAACUCAAGCUGAAAAUGUCAUCAUCAGAUGCGUACAAAAAGAGGCUUACAAAGCAGAAAUUGCUUGUCUGGAGAAUGGAAAGGCCAUUCCUAAACAAAGUUCCCUCAAGAAGUUGAACCCAGUCCUAGAAGAUGGAUUUCUAAGAAUUGGGGGCAGACUAGAACAGUCCGCACUUCCCAGCGGUGAGAAACACCCUCUCAUCAUUCCUGGCCAUGAUUACAUAGCAACCCUCCUUACAAAUCAUUACCAUGAGAAAGUAAAUCAUCAAGGUCGAAUAUUCACAGAAGGAGCAAUCCGUACUGGAGGAUUCUGGAUAGUCGGAGCAAAAAGACGCAUCAAUGCCAUUCUUCACAAGUGCAUCACUUGCCGUAAACAAAGAGGUAAAACAGCUGAACAAAAAAUGGCAGACCUCCAACAUGACCGCAUUAGCAUGGAGCCACCCUUUACUAAUGUCGGCUUAGACGUGUUCGGCCCUUGGAACGUAUCAGCACGCCGCACCCGUGGAGGUCAUGCCUUAAGUAAAAGAUGGGCGGUAAUUUUCACAUGUUUAUCUGUGCGUGCCAUCCAUAUUGAACUGAUAGAGUCAAUGGACGCGUCAUGCUUCAUUAAUGCACUUCGCCGGUUCUUCGCCAUUCGAGGCCCGGCAAAGAUCAUCCGAUCUGAUUGUGGAACUAAUUUCACAGGAGCAUGCAAAGAGCUGAACAUGCUCGUGGUCUCUACCAAAGAUUCAAGCGUGACAAAUUACCUCAGUGAAGAAGGUUGCAAGUGGAUCUUUAACCCACCUCAUUCAUCCCACAUGGGAGGAGCAUGGGAGAGGAUGAUUGGACUUUCAAGACGGAUUUUAGACUCCAUGCUCUCUCAAAUCAGCUCCUCACAUCUGACUCACGAAAUGCUGUCAACUCUAAUGGCUGAAGUGUGUGCUAUUGUCAAUGCAAGACCUCUCGUAUCCAUUUCUACCGAUCCUGAGUCGCCACUUCUCCUCACCCCAGCAAUGAUCCUCUCCCAAAAGGUGUGUACUCAAUCUGCACCCCCAGGACCAUUUGAAGGCCCUGAUCUGUAUCGAAAACAGUGGAAAAGGGUGCAGUAUCUUGCCAGCAUAUUUUGGGAAAGGUGGAGACGAGAAUACCUUGCAUCUCUUCAGCCCCGUAAGAAAUGGCAUGUCAACAAACCUAACAUCAAGGAAGGGGACCUGGUCCUUCUGAAAGAUAAUCAGGUUAAAAGGAAUGAAUGGCCAAUGGCUUUGGUCACCAAAGCUAUCGUUGACUCGGAUGGCAAGGUCAGGAAACUGGAACUAAAGGUCACUAAGAGUGGUACUGCUAAAACUUUCUUACGACCUAUUACAGAGGUUAUUUUGCUUAUGUCUUAAAUUAUCUUGUGAAUACAGUAAUUGAGAGUGGUAUUAUACUUAAUACCAGACGGGGAGUAUUAUGCCAUGUCUAACAUUACUCCUUUUUUCCCCUCUGGAGGGCGCUGUUUGUCAUAGGUUGAGCUAAACUACUUUUUGAUAAAACUUUAUUUGUUAUACUUUCAAGCACGCAAAGCGCAGCAGCCAUUUUUGUUCUGUGCAGCAGUGAGAGCACAUGCUCCUCCAAUCUGCUUCUAUUCGUUGUGUAAUGUCCUGGAGAAGCUUUGCUUGUAAGUUUAUCGUUCAUAUUUGCUAUUUUAUAUACUUUGCGUUGGGAUCUUGUUAAUAUUUAUAUAUAUUGAAAGUGUGUUAACAGUUUCACAUGCAUUAAGAGUACAUCCAAAGGAUUACCAUGUGAUCCCAUAACAACUACUGUAACUUGGUAAUGUUAAUGUA